GGAUUGAUUUUAAACGCACAGAAGCACGGAGAUUCUCACUUGACACCACCUCAUCCACCGUAUUCCGUUCGGAAGCGCGAGGAGCAACGCGGCGAUGGCUGAGGGCAAGUGAAUUACGGGCGCGCGUCCAUCUGAAGUGAUGAGACAGAAACGCGCGGCUGGUUCCGUCUGUCAGGUUGUAUAAUGGAGAGCUCCAAUGGCUCCGACACCAAACCGCAGAGCCAUCAUCCUCAUCCUCAGGUGGAGAAGAAGAGGUUAAACCGAGCGCCGUCCCCUGCCAGACCCGUCCUGAAGGAUGUCCACUCGCGAACGGCCAAACCGAUCGUGCCAAAAUCCCCCAAAUUCAACAAACAGCCAGCGUCCGCCGCGCCGGUGACACCUCAGAGCCGCGUUCCGAGACGCACCGUUCCGGGCGCGAAGGACAAAACCGCAUCAGCACCUGCAAGAAGCAACAGCAAGCCCUCAGCGACAAAAAAGGCCGUUAAGGUCACUCAGCAUGCAGCAUCCGAGACGAAACCGGCCUGCAAAGCGGUUGAUGCCGCCGCUUCGCAGAUCGCCAAGAGCAAGGGACGGCUGGCCCCGAUACGCGUCCCCACCGGACGCGGCGUUUGUCAGACGGACAGCAGCUCGGAUUUGUCCGACUGUCCCUCCGAGCCGCUGUCCGACGAGCAGAGACUCGCUCAGGCCGCCAGUAGCGAUGCGGAGUCGGGCAGCGGCUCCGGUUCGAGCGAGCAGGCGGCCGGGGUUCGGGUGCGCGCGCUGGCGGGAGGAUCUCAGGCUGCACCUGUGCCCGGUGCGCACGCGGACAAAUGCAAAGCCGAGAAGGACGCACAAUUCAAACCGGAGGGCAAGGAAAUGGCCCAGGAGGAACUGCUGAGGGAAAUCGAAGACCUUCGAUCGGAAAAUGACUACCUCAAGGAUGAAGUGGACGAGUUGCGAGCAGAGAUGGAGGAGAUCAGGGACAGUUACCUGGAGGAGGAGGUGUACCAGCUCCAGGAACUGCGCAGGGAACUGGACCGCUCCAACAAGAACUGCCGGAUCCUGCAGUACCGCCUGCGCAAGGCUGAACAGAAGAGCCUGCGUGUAGCUCAGACCGGACAUGUCGACGGAGAGCUUCUGCGUGGUCUGGAGCAGGACCUCAAGGUGGCCAAAGAUGUAUCUGUGCGUCUGCACAAUGAACUGGAGACAGUGGAAGACAAGCGCACACGGGCAGAAGAUGAAAACGAGCAGCUCAGGCAAAAGCUCAUCGAGGUGGAGAUCUCCAAACAGGCCAUGCAGAACGAGCUCGAGAGAGCCAAAGAGACUGCUCUGCGGAGGCGAAGCAGUAGAGAAACCUUCAAAGAUAAGAAGUCUUUAACUCAGGAGGACAGUGCAGAUCUGCGCUGUCAGCUACAGUUUGCCAAGGAGGAAUCUGCUCUUAUGCGUAAAAAGAUGGCAAAACUUGGCCGCGAGAAGGAUGAACUGGAACAAGAAUUGCAGAAGUAUAAAUCAGUAUAUGGAGACGUGGACAGUUCUUUGCCCCUGGCAGAGGUGACAGGUGGAGGCCCCCACACCUCCCGGGAAGCCGAAUUAAGGUUACGGCUCAAACUGGUGGAAGAGGAAGCCAACAUUCUGGGAAGGAAGAUCAUAGAGCUGGAGGUGGAAAACCGUGGCCUCAGGGCGGAAAACGAAGACCUACGCUGCCAGUACGAGAGGGACUGCUUUGGGCGUGAACCCUUCUCAAGCGUCCCUACUUCACCGUUUGGUGGUGAUGCCCUGGAAUCUGCAAGUGAACUGCGGCGACACUUGCAGUUUGUGGAAGAGGAGGCAGAGCUGCUGCGGCGCUCCAUCUCUGAGAUUGAGGACCACAACAAGCAGCUGACGUCUGAGCUCAACCUCUUCAAAUUUGGACCCAGCCAAGCCGAUCGGGAGUCCGAGGGAGCUGAGGGUGGAAAUGGUGGCACUCUCAAACCUGGUAACGGAGGAGGUAAUGGUUUCUCGGGAGCAGGGAGUGGUGCCCCACUGCAGGAGGAGCUGAAAGCCUCAAGACUCCAGAUCAAUGAGCUAAGUGGGAAGGUGAUGAAGCUGCAGUACGAGAACCGGGUGCUAAUAUCAGAUAUGCAGCGCUGUGACUUGGCGGCACACUUGGGAAUACGCACCAGUAGCCCACGGGAUAGUGAUGUGGCUAGCGAUGCCGGGCGAAGGGAACCAGAUGAGGACGAGACGACCAGGCUUCUGCUGCUCCACCCCAAACGUGAGGGUCCUGUUGGUGGGGAGAGCGACUCCGAUGACUUGUUUGAGAAAACGGCGACUUCUGGAUUCGCCAGUGGCGAGAAACCUUCAGAUCCUGGCGAACUGGGAGUGGCCGAGUUUGCCCAGCGGAGACGGGAAGACCGUGAGACGCUCCACAACGUCAGGCGUGAAGCUGAGAUGCUUGGUAAAACGGUGGAGCGGGUCAUCGCAGAUACGGACAGUCUGAUCCAUGAAGGUCGUCUGGUUGUCCUGGGAGGGGACCUUCUUGCGGAAGGUUUGGAUUUCAGAGGCGAUGGGGACUCUGCUGAAUCUAAACCCGACUCUCAGGUGCUGGAUACCAUCAACACCCGCAUGAGGGCUUUCCAAACGGAACUCCAGCAAUUCAUGGACAAGGUGGACCACCUAGGGGUGGGUCUAAGGGACCGCGUCGACGACCUUUCCCCUAUGCCCAACCUCACCGAAUCUAGCAGCUUCCUUUCCACGGUUACCUCCAUGUCAAGGGACUCACCCAUCGGGACACUGGGAAGGGAUCUGGUGACGGACUUCCAGUACGGGCGCAGGGAGGAGCAGGAGUGGUGCCUAGACCGCCAGAGUGUCCCGGAGGCCCCUGGACAGGGACAGGGCGCCGCUAAGGGCUCCGUCACAGCCAGGGGAGGCCCUGGACUCAGUAGAUACACCAGGCCCCACAGUUUCAGACCCGAGUGCUGGGAUUUUGAGACUGGUGUUCUGUGUUCUGAUGGGGUCCAGUUCCAUGACCCGGUCCUGCCCGAGAUGGGAACGCCUACCAGAGAAAUACAGCUCCGCCUGGAGCAUGACAGGAGGAUGAGAGCUGGAGCGGAGGAGAAAGACAGCUUCACAUCAUCCAUCACUCAGCUUGUGCAGGAGGAGGAGAGGAGGAGAGCCGAGGCCCGGCGAGGACUCGAGCUGCAGGGACUUCAAUCUCAUGAGCCAACGUGGCCACAGGAAAGAGUCCUGCUGCAACAGGAAGUGAGGUUGUUCCACCACAACAUGGUCAUUGUCUACAUGAAGCUGCGCUGGAUCCUGAUGCACUGGAGGCUCGGCCGCAGGACGGACGCACUGGAGGAGGGAGCGCAUGCUGAGGCAGGGGACAGUCGGCGUGUGCUGCACGCGCUGCGCUCCCUGCUGGAGGAGUUCAGGGCGGAGCUCCGCGAGGAGGCGCAGCGGCGCUGGCAGCUGCAGCAGACGUUAGCCAACGAGAGAGCGGCGUGGGAGAUACAGCGCGCUGAAAUGAGGAGUCAUGUCACCAGGGCAGGGGACAGUCGGCGUGUGCUGCACGCGCUGCGCUCCCUGCUGGAGGAGUUCAGGGCGGAGCUCCGCGAGGAGGCGCAGCGGCGCUGGCAGCUGCAGCAGACGUUAGCCAACGAGAGAGCGGCGUGGGAGAUACAGCGCGCUGAAAUGAGGAGUCACGUCACCAGGCUGCAGGAUAUGAGAGGAGAGUCUGCAGGCGCAGUCGCAGAUGAAGGUGCAGUUGCUUCAGAUGUGUUACAGCAGGAGCGGGAGGAACAGCGCUUUCUGCUGGCCGACAGUCACAGCACAGCACUGGAGCUGCGCUGGAAACUGCAGCACGGAGAAAAGCGCUGGACCCACGAGCGGAAUGAACUACUGGAGCGGUUCGAGAAAGAGAGGCAGGAGUGGGACCGCAGCUUACGGGAAAUGUACCGCAAAAUGGAAAAGAUGCAGAAAGAUGUUCUCCAGCCAGAAGGAGGCACAGUGCAUGUCUUCUCUCCUCAGGAGAGCCCCUGUAAGGCUCCUAGAUCUCCACUCUCCCCCUGCACAGCCGCACACACGCGUUCCCACUCCGACUCGGAGGCCACACUGGAGGAGAAGGGGGCGAUGGGCAGACCCAGACCCUUUGAGGGACACCGGCCCCCAGAGAGCCUGUUCGUGGAUGCCCUCUCUCUGGAUCCUCUGAGCGAAGCCGAGGUGCCUCCUCCAUCACGUCUGGAGAGCGAAAAGCGGUUCCCCCACAUGAAGGAAGUAAGAGAGACAGCACUGAAUGAGAUUUCUGAGAGUGUGGAUCCUGCCAUUUACCCUGAGGAAGAGAAGAGUGGCGGCAGCCUACUCAGGGCGAAGUCAGUCUGCUCCAUGAGUGACUUCCAGCGUUUGAUGGACAGCUCCCCCUUCCUGCCAGAUAAGAGCAAGCCUGGCGAGCAUGAGCGGGAUGAUGUGACUCCUCCCCUUUCACCAGAUGACCUCAAAUACAUUGAGGAGUUUAAUAGUAAGGGUUGGGAUCUGCCCACCAGCUCCCUGGCCGCUUGCCCCAUUCCUGGCCCAGUAAUCCCCUCUCCAGUGAUGGAGGCCUGGGCAGAGAGGGCAGAAUCCCGAAGGGCCGAGUCUACUUCAGAAGCAUUCCAGCCAGCCUCCUGGUACCUGACCACCAGCACUACCUUGACCACCAACACCAUGAGUAUCCCUGAGUACUGCCAAAAGCUCCCACUCAGGGCAACCCAGGGGGGUGAACAGUUUGGGGUGCAGAUCCUCCACAGUCCCGUUCGAGGGGAGCGGUCAGCUCCAGGCCCCCCUGAGCAGGAAUACAUGUUCUCCAAAGUGACCAAAGUAAAGGCAGGAGAGGUAGUAGGCGAUGCUGAGGAGGUGUUUGGAGGAAGGUGGCCAUGUGAGCUAAGGAGUCAUUUGGAGGCAGGACUUAGGCCUGGAGAACGUCCAUCGAUUUGCGCUGCUGUCGGGUAUACCUCAUCAUUAGAGCUGGAGCUGGCACGGAAUCUGAGCGAUGACAUGAAGGAAAAGGCGUUUUCUGCUCGGAAUGCCAUCCGAUCAUCUUCUGCAUCCGGAUCGAGCCCUCCGGAAAGGCAACUACGGGACAUGGCAUGUCAGACGAAUGGUUUAACCACACGGGGAACACAGACCACCCUGACCAUCAGCGUGGGAUUGCAAACAGAGGCUGUUCGCACCCUCACAAGCAGCCCUCACCGCUGUCUAACGCCCAAAGGAGGCUCCACACCCAUCUCAUCUCCUUCACGUAGCCUGAGAAAGAUGCAGUACUCUCCAGUCGUUCAAGCCAAGUUUGAACGCCCAUGCUGUUCUCCAAAAUAUGGCUCACCUAAGCUCCAACGGAAACCUUCUAAUUCUGGCAAAGCAGAACAACCUGUUGGCCAAAUCCGUGCUCCCACCCCAACAACCACUGCUCAGCAGCAAAAAGGGAACAACGAAUCCGCUUGGGCCCGUUCCACUACGACCAGAGACAGUCCCGUUCACACCACCAUCAACGACGGCCUCUCCAGCCUCUUCAACAUCAUCGACCACACGCCCAUCGCAUACGACCCUAUUCAGAAAUUCAACAAGUCCCCUAGCCGCUCUCGUCCCACUGAAGCAGGGCCUCAAGAGCCAACGGACCCCAAAUCUCCCAGUGUUUGUGCUGCACAGGGGCCUUUGAGGAACUCUCGGGGCCGGUCCCCAAGCCCUGUGCAGCUGAUUGUAGAGACGCAAGACGAGAAAACUCCAGAGGUGAUUAGCAUCAGACAGGACCUGUCCGCUCCUCCAGGCUACACGCUAGCUGAGAACGCAGCACGGAUCUUGAAUAAGAAACUACUGGAGCAGAGCUUCAGAGAAGAAAGGAGGCUUUCCGCUUCAUCCGCAGCUGCUCCAAACAAAACCGGAGACACAGAGAAACCAGGAUGUCUUGAGGACUUGCCUCGUUCGCCAGUGGCUCCACCUCUGGACUCCUGCUUCCUGCGUCCGGCUCGUCCUGCCAACCGCCGUCCUCCGUCCCGCUGGGCCGCCCACUCGCCCUCAUCCUCGCCCAACUACAAAGACCGAUCGGAGAUGUUCCGCUUCCCCUCGCCCGUCAGACCGGUUCAGACCAUCCCGGAGAUAGAGGAGCCCGGUCAGGAGGUUUUCCCUUAACCAGCCUAGACUUCAUCCUUCUGUGCUUUCUGUCACCUUGAGUUCAGUCAGCAACCAGUUUAUCUCAACCUCAAGUAUGAUUUUAAAAUUUCAGUUCUGAAAUGCCCCGAAAAAGGGAAGUGUGGUGAUAAAUCAGGAUUGUAUUUAUGCUUUCACUCUCCUUAACCAUCUCCCAUUCCUGACCACACACGUACUACGCACACCGUCAGAGCGACGGAACCAUCGAGAACCUUUCUAAAAAACAUUUAACUGCCCUGCCACUAGAGGGCAGAGUUCUGUGAGCACCAGCUGAACUGAUCCAAUAGGAAACAGUUCCAGAAAUUCCGUUUCGGAAUUAUCAAGGACCUGGAAUGCACUGACGCAAAACACCGCAAAGUGUUCCAUAAGAGGUGCCUACACACGCGUGACCUCGCGACGGUCCCGUACUCGUGUGUGUCCGUGUACAAUGUAUGCAAUACAUACCACUCGAUAUGUGUUGGUCAUGAAGCCGCAAACUUCUUUUCAGAUGUUCUGAAAAAUAUAACUGGAUAGUAAUAACAUUUGUCGGAUCAGCAUAAAAGUUUACAUGUGUUGAUUUAUAUCCAUUUUGGAGGGGUGAAAAUCAUUUGUUAAAUUAUGUUCUGUGUAUAUAGUUUAUAAAGCUAUUUUCUUAAUUUCUGCGUACAUCCCGUAUCGUUGGAAACCUUUGAUGCUUGAAUUAAAAAGACUCAGUUGUAUUUGUAAAGAGAAUUAGAUAAAAACUAAAGGAGAAACACACACACACUCUAGUUCGACAGGGACAGAUGAUACAUGAUGUCAAUCAUAAUGUAUUUAAAACCCAAUGUAAAACUGAAUGUUCGACUCUGCAGGAUUCCAAUUGGAAGUUAACGUCGUAAUUUGAAACCAGUUGUAAAAGAGUUUAUGAACUGUAACAACAUGUAAAUCUGCUCUGGCUGAAACAUGCUGCAAAAACAAAGAAGAAAAAUAAAUAUAAAACUCAACAUGUUUCCCUCAGAUCUAAGAUUUAAAUGCAUGAAUAUUUAUUAAGCCAUCCAUUGAGGCAGUCUAUGAUUGGUUGUUGGUUGCUUAGCAACUCAUUUGUAACAUUCUAACACUGCAUUGUUUCAUACUGUAGAAGUUUGGCAGCAAAUUGUGACCCACAUCCGAUAAUGGUUCAAAGUGAUGCAAACCUAUUUUCAAAAUUAGAAGUGUGCGAAGCUGCUCGAACCAGGGUCAAAAUUAACCCUAAAGGAAUAGUUCACCCGAAAAUGAAAAUUUGCUGACAAUGUACUAU